UUUCUCACAAACAAAUAUUUUAAAAAGACGGGAGGGAGCGAGAGAGACAAGUGGGGGUUGCCGUAUUUGUUCAGAAUCCGUCGUCACUGAUCACUUACGCAUCGUUCCUCUUUUCUUUCUCCGGAGACCAAAUCGGAAUAUUGAUUCCUCUCGUUCGCCGUAAACCUAAUGCCGGAAGACUCUUCGUCGAUUGACUACGUCAUGGAGAAGGCAUCGGGGCCUCACUUCUCCGGUCUUCGCCUCGACGGCCUUCUCUCUUCUCCGUCGAAGUCCUCCAUCUCUUCCCCUUCUCACUUCCGCUCCGCCGUUCCGCCGUUCUCCUUGAUCUCCGACCCAGCCGCGCCUAAUCAGCCCUUCGUCAUCGGAGUUACUGGUGGUACUGCUUCUGGUAAGACCACGGUGUGUGACAUGAUCAUCCAGCAACUUCAUGAUCAUCGCAUAGUUCUAGUGAAUCAGGAUUCCUUUUACCGUGGUCUGACAUCUGAAGAAUUGGCUCGUGUUCAAGAAUACAAUUUUGAUCAUCCUGAUGCCUUUGACACUGAGCAGCUUUUGCAUUGCAUUAAUACACUCAAGAGUGGACAACCCUAUCAAGUUCCAAUUUAUGACUUCAAGACCCAUCAGCGUAAAGCUGAUGCUUUUCGCCAGGUCAAUGCUUGUGAUGUCAUAAUUUUGGAAGGGAUUCUUGUUUUCCAUGACUCACGAGUUCGUGAUCUGAUGAAUAUGAAGAUCUUCGUUGACACAGAUGCUGAUGUGAGACUUGCUCGCAGAAUCAGGCGUGACACGGUUGAGAGGGGUAGAGAUAUUGAUUCUGUGCUUGAACAGUAUGCAAAGUUUGUGAAGCCCGCAUUUGAUGAUUUUGUGCUCCCUUCAAAGAAAUAUGCGGAUGUGAUAAUUCCCAGAGGAGGUGACAAUCACGUUGCAGUUGAUUUGAUUGUGCAACAUAUCCACACAAAACUUGGGCAACAUGAUCUCUGCAAAAUCUACCCAAAUGUUUUUGUUAUCCAAUCAACAUUUCAGAUAAGAGGCAUGCAUACACUUAUACGAGAGAAGGACAUAUCAAAACAUGACUUUGUGUUUUACUCAGAUCGCCUCAUUCGUCUGGUUGUGGAGCAUGGUCUUGGCCAUUUGCCAUUCACUGAGAAACAAGUAGUUACUCCAACAGGAGCUGUGUAUAGCGGUGUUGAUUUCUGCAAGAAACUUUGUGGGGUCUCAGUCAUUAGAAGUGGGGAAAGCAUGGAAAACGCUUUACGCGCAUGCUGCAAAGGGAUUAAAAUAGGGAAGAUUCUUAUCCAUCGUGUAGGUGACAAUGGAAUGCAGCUAAUAUAUGAGAAGCUUCCAAGUGAUAUCUCCGAGCGCCAUGUCCUGCUUAUGGAUCCCGUUUUAGGCACAGGUAACUCUGCAAGUCAAGCGAUAGAACUACUCAUACAGAAAGGAGUGCCUGAAUCCCACAUUAUAUUCCUCAAUCUUAUCUCGGCUCCAGAAGGAAUCCAUUGCGUCUGCAAACGGUUUCCAUCGUUGAAGAUUGUGACAUCGGAAAUAGAUCUGUGUAUAAACGAAGAGUAUCGGGUUAUACCAGGCUUGGGUGAGUUUGGUGAUCGCUACUUUGGUACUGACGAUUAAAAGUACUUGCUGAAUCUCUGUUUGGAAAAAAAAUCCUGCGCAAUGGGUUGUUGUGUCUUUGUGUGUGUGUGGGCAUGAUGAAGUUGCGACCAUGUUAUCAAAACUUUAACACCACGGGAAAGGUUUUAACGUUUGUUUUUCUUCUCCUUUUUUGUACAUAGUUUGAUUUCGAUCAACAGACCCCAUUAUUCCGGUUAACACACUUAUUCAAUGGCGUGUUUCACUCCAUUA